AGCAGCAGGGCGUACGACUGAUGGGGGAGAUGAAGCCGUGUGUGGGCUGCCUGGAGGCGAAGGGCAGGUGGGCACCGGUGCCGCGGCGUGGCACCUGCGCGGCGGUACCGUUCGGCAAAGUUCAUAGCGGCCUCACGGGCCCGUUCUCUGACGCGCUGGACGGCUCCCGGUACCUGAUCAUGUUCGUGGACAGCGCAUCGCGGAGGCAACGGGGGUACGGGAUGCGUGCCAAGAGCGACACCCUGAAGUUCGUGCAGCGGUUCCUCGCCGACAUGAACGGCAUGGUCACUCCGGGGUGUUUCCGCAUGNCAGGAAAAUCCACGACCACCAUCGAUAUUAAUUUGUUCCAUGCCUCCACCGGCCAUGUAAACGAAUUCUUGAUGCGUGAAACGGCCAAGCAGCAGGGCGUACGACUGAUGGGGGAGAUGAAGCCGUGUGUGGGCUGCCUGGAGGCGAAGGGCAGGUGGGCACCGGUGCCGCGGCGUGGCACCUGCGCGGCGGUACCGUUCGGCAAAGUUCAUAGCGGCCUCACGGGCCCGUUCUCUGACGCGCUGGACGGCUCCCGGUACCUGAUCAUGUUCGUGGACAGCGCAUCGCGGAGGCAACGGGGGUACGGGAUGCGUGCCAAGAGCGACACCCUGAAGUUCGUGCAGCGGUUCCUCGCCGACAUGAACGGCAUGGUCACUCCGGGGUGUUUCCGCAUGGACAACGGCGGCGAGUUCACCGCUGCGCGUGAAGCGGGCCACGAAGGCGGACGUCCAAUCCGCGCGCGGUGCUUCUACCUGCACGGCGCCCACAACCACUUGACGUCUACCGCCGUCGUUCUUCACGCUGACACCGGUCGCCUCGCCCUCACUAACAACGUCGUGUGGAUCAACCGCCGGGCAGGGGCGCCGGCGCCGGUGCCGUGCAUCGGGGGGGGUUCUUCGGUCACCGCGGCGCCCUCGCCGGCCACCGCCGUAUCUGCGGCCGAUGCCGCACCGCCGCCGCCCCCGCCAUCAAGGACGUACACCUACAUCCCGCCCGCCUGCACCAGCGANAAUCAGCCCCACCGUCGACCGCAGCAACGCCGCCCCGUUCGCCCCCGGGCCUGCCGCCGCCGCCGCCGCCGCAGCCCACCAGCGCCGCCACCCCCGGUCCCCCGCACCCGCCGCUUUCGAAACGAGCCGCGAAGGAGUUGGGACGAAAGGACACGAGGGUACACGGCCGCACGCGCGGCGAUGGAGUGCGGUUCAUGGAGCAACAACAACAACCGCCGUUCGGUGGCGGCACCGCUCUCCACCACCGUCUUGGUCGGUUAG